AUCACUCCUGACAUAUGGAUUCCUCACGUUGGUCAAGUUAUUGUAUUAUGUGGCGGCUAGGGUCAAUGGUAUCGAAAUCGAAAACGUUGGCACGACAGUCAGUCCUAUAUCUGGAAUAUGAAAGUGCCAUCUGUGCCGUCCAUCACACCUCCUUUAGGCCACGCUGAUAACAUGUGUAUUGGGCCAUACUCACUCCUGAAGGCUGUCCAGUCGUGCUAAACUCAAGCCCCUCGCUCAACUGUACUCUCAUGACAUCUAAACGCUUCUCAACUUAUGUCCAGGAUCCUCCUGCCCAAAUAACCUACGCCCACGACCCAGCAGAUAAUUCAUAUCAUGUUGAGAUUCAAAUAAUUCGGAUUAAAUCUGAUAGGAAGCUCUCUCCGGAGGAAGUAGAUGAUAUCAAGAAGAGCGUCGAUGUGAUUCACAAGCGAGGCUCGUUGGCACAGACUCCAAACUUCACUGUCACUCAGACUCAACUUGAAGUUGUCAAAGGCGAAGUACGCCCCGGCCGUCAAGGUACUGCGACUUCUACGCCUCCAUCUACCCCCAUAACUAAACCUUCCAAAACUCGCCAACGCAUUCUGUUUUAUGACGCGAAGGACCCAUAUUAUGGCUUCACUAAUUUCUCGCCGGAUCCUGUCGAGUACAAAGGGAGACGAUACCCAACCAGCGAGCACCUUUUUCAGGCAUUGAAGUUUAUGGAACAUCGACCUGAGCUUGCUGAGCAUAUCAGGACCUGUUCUACCAGGCCGAGAGUCGUUUUCGACGAAACUCACCGAUUCAAUCCUGAAGUGCGUCCUGACUGGCUCAAAAUCAGAGUCCAGAUGAUGGAUCUGGCCAUUUUCCACAAAUUUACUCAGAAUACGCAUUUGAAAAAACAGCUCUUGUCUACAGGGGAUGCUGAGCUUGUCGAGGACUCUCCUAAGGAUUCGUUCUGGGGAGUAGGACCUGAUGGGAAGGGUGAAAAUCAACUUGGGAAGGCCCUUGAGAGGCUGAGAGCGAAUUUGCGGGGUCCUCAUCCAUUCAAAGGCCCCGUACCUAUAGAGAGGGCACGUUCUCGAUGAACGUAUUGAUAUACUUUGCUUGUAUUAGGACACGAUACGUACACAUGGAUGUGAUUCUUCUACUUCCCCGCAGGGCAUGGAUUGAUUGAUCGCGAUCAAUCUCGAUCGGCGCUCUGCUAUACAUCUGAGAUCUUAUCUUU